GGUCGUGGUGAGUUGUGUGGGUGUCGGCAGGACGUGAGAACACCAUGGGGGAGCUACAGCCGCUUCUGUCGGACGAGGGGCAGGGGAAACUUAGGGAAUGGCUUGGGCAGCCCGGCGCGGAGUUCCAUCUCCUAUACAAGGCCAGAACACACGGGUUCGAUCCCGCCACCUUCCACCAGCGAUGCGACGGCUUCGGCCCCACCGUCUCCGUCGGGUACAACUCCUCUGGUUACGUCUUCGGCGGGUACACCGCCCUACCCUGGGCCAGCGAGCCGGGCUGCCACCGAGACCCCCGCGCCUUCCUCUUCGUUCUGUACACCGGGAGAAACCAGUUCAGCCCGCAGAGAAUCGACGCCAUGCAGGGAAAGACGCGGACCACUGUCCGCCACAGUCUCUCUCACGGACCGACCUUCGGGAACGACCUGAUGUUCUUCAGCGGGAAGUUUACGUCGGGAAACGACAAGGACGGUUACACCAAGACUAAUGGGUUCUGUACUCCUGGUGACGGGUUCUAUAUGGCCAACGGACUGCAACUGACCGGCGGGGACUACAGAUUUAAGGACAUUGAAGUGUACCAGGUCACAGAACCAAUGAGGUCGGCAAUCACGUCCCCGGCCCCAGUUGACAGGAGGAGGGCGGUAAAACCGAUGGUGCAGUUCAGCGACGAGCCGGUAGGCGGCGUCAAGGGCAGCUGGCGGGCCCUGCCGGAGUCUUCAGCGUGGCGGGAAGUGGACUGGAGUCUGCUGUUUCUGGAACAACUGAAGCAGGAGAUAGCCCACUACCGCCCCCUGGCGGAGCUGAGAAUAGAGCAGGUGAACAUCCUCCUGGUUGGCCCGGUGGCUGCCGGGAAAUCCAGCUUCUUCAACACCGUCAACUCCGCCUUCCGGAACUACGUCACCAACCAGGCGGCUACGGGAGUGACCAAUCACAGCAUGACUACACAGUACCGUCGGUAUGACGUCCGUGCUAGCCGUGAGGGCCCGUGUCUGGGGUUCCGGCUGUGCGACACGCUGGGUCUGGAGGACCUGCAGUCCGGACUGGACAUAGUGGACCUGCUGUACAUCCUGGACGGGAACGUGCCGGACAGAUAUCAGUUCAACCCCCUGGUGCGCAUCUCAGCUGAAACCGUACCUGGCUUCAACAUGGCGCCGUCGCUAGGCGACAAGACGCACUGCGUGGUGUACGUCAUGGACAUCUCUGACGUGGGCACCAUGUCACGUGUCACCACCGAGAAAUUCGGCGCCAUCCGAGCACAGGCCAGCCAGAGAGGAAUCCCGUUUGUAGUGCUGCUGACCAAGGUUGACCGCGCAUGCUCACAUGUUGGAUCAGACCUUAGCAUGGUCUAUCGUAGCAGACAGGUCCUGGAGCACGUGGACCUAUUAAGCCGUACCACGGGGAUCCCGAAGUCCAGUAUCCUGGUCACCAAGAACUACGACUCGGAGCUGGAGACGGAACUCGCCGUGGACGUGCUCGCGCUGCACGCCCUGAGACAGAUGAUCCGGUACGCCGAUAACUACCUAGACGACCACUUAGACCGGCACAUACAGAGCGCCCGUGCCGCGACGACGUCCCCGAGGCAGGGGUCGGAGGAGGACGACGUCUCCCUGCCGCGUACACCGCACACAGAACGCGGGGACACACCACGACAAGACAGGCCAAGAAAUUCGGAAAAAGCGAGCUACGCGAACAAGCGGCACGUCCCGCACCCUUCGUGGGAGAAACCCGGCUCCGGGAGAAAGUCUCAGCCGCCGACAAGAACUUCCGUGACGCCUCCUCGGACGCACUCGAGCCAGCGCCCGAAAACAAAGGAGGACGAACCGCCGCGAUCAAGGAGCAGCCCGCCCAAGUCUAGAGCAGAGUCUAACAAAGAGGAGGAAGAUCAAAGGAGGCCGCCUUCAACGGCGAGUAAGAAGAGCACACCUGAGGAAAGACGCCCUGGGAGUAUUACCAGUAGUAAGACUGGAGUGACAGCCAUUGUAGGCCGAUACGACCAGGGGUUGUGAUCGUUUUGUACAUA